ACAUUUAUAUUGUUCUUAGCUUAUUUACUGUCAGUGUGAACUCCCUCAAUGCACAUCGAUAGGCACAGUGAAGUCAUCCAAUGUUAUCGAACCAGUUCAGUUCAGUUCCCAGAACAACAUAAAAGAACGCAAACAAUAACAACAUAAAAACACAUAAAAUGCCAAGUGCGCGGGUGAAUCAUCGUUGAGCAACAAUUAGAAUUGAUUAACACAUGAUCGCGCCGCGUUAUUAGCAGCGGCAACAACAACUGGGGCAGACGCGAACAGCGAAAACGAUGUCGGCAAAUGCAGAUGCGAUUCUCGCUGUGGAAUGUGCGCAUCUGGCGGAAUUCAAGAGAUUUCUGGCCACUACGGCGGAAAAGGCAGCGGCAGCCGUGAACGAGGAGGUGGCCAGCCGGAGUUGUGUAACCCGGACGACCAGUGACACGUACAAGGUAUCCAGCGAGGAGCGACAUGCGGAGUUGGUCUCAGCCAUUUGGCAACAACUGGGCUCUCGAGGAUGCCCGGAGCACUUCCGGCUGAAGCUGCUUCACCGUUCCACGCAGCAGCUGGAGCAGGAUCUGUGCUUCGCCAAGGAGUGUGAGGUCACCGUGGAGGGUCCACCGCAGUACGAUCUCCUCAAGCUUCAGAAGUUCGUAGCAAGUGAACUGGAGAAGUUCCUCCUGAAGCUCACUGACAACUCGGAGGUGGAUCGACUUAAGGACUUUGCUGAUGACGCAGAGUCGGGGAACAGCGAGUGCCACCAGGAGAAGGAACCCCUGCACACAUCCGCUGCUGUGAAGAACAAACCCCGGAAGAUGGAGGAUCGCUGUGUUUGCCUGGACAGAUUUGGCGAGAUGUACGGGCUGCCGGAGAAAGGCGCGCGUUUCUUUGGCGUCUUCGAUGGCCAUUCUGGCUCCUUAUCCGCCAGCUAUGUCACCAGUCAACUUCCCCAACUGCUGGCCGAUCAGCUUAAAGUAAACCCAAAUGCCUCUGACACAUCCCCCGACUUUUAUCGCAACGCCUUCGAGUCAGCCUUUCUGCUGGCGGACGAGCGCUUUACUCAGAAGAAGAUCACCAGCGGCACAACCAGUGUAUGUGCCUUGAUCACCAAGAAUCAGCUUUACAUUGCCUGGGUGGGCGAUUCCAAGGCUCUUCUAGUGGGCAAACGAACCCAAUUGCAGCUGGUGAAACCGCACAAGCCAGAGAAUCCAGAUGAGCGCAAGAGAAUAGAAACAGCAGGCGGCACGGUGCUCCAUGCCCAGGGUCAGUGGCGGGUAAAUGGCAUCCUAAACGUUGCCCGCUCCAUUGGCGACUACAGUUUGGAGGCAGUGAUCGCGGAGCCGGAUUUCGUGGAUGUCCAGCUUAACGAGGCUCACGACUUUUUGGUACUCGGCACCGAUGGGCUGUGGGAUCACGUUCCGGAGUCGUUUGUCAUUGAAACCGUUUACGAUUCCCUGGCGGAUCCCACCACGAAGCUGGAUGACAUUCCCAAACUGCUAAUAGAGGCUGCCAAGGAGCGGGACUCGCAGGACAACAUUACAGCGGUGGUGGUCUUGCUCAAACCUCGUAAUCAAAUCAAAAAUCUAUAGAAUUUUGAGUCUGAGGCAUUGAAUAUCCAAGCAGUGAAUAUUGUUUUGUUGUUACCCGCAUUGGGAUGGGUUAAUUUGUACAAAUUUAAAAGCUCUUAAGAGUCGUAGUAGCGAAAAGUAAUCUUGAAACAUCUUCUUUUGCAUGGAACAAUAUAAACAUCAUAUCAAGUUUCAUAUAACCAAAAGAGAAACGUGCCAAAAAUCUUAAAACAAAUCACGAGUGUACUGCUAGUUUGGUAUUGGCAGGAAUAUUGUAGCAAAAAUAUUUAUCGAAAUACAACGAAUGAAUGAUUUUAAGCAAUAUAUAUACCCAAAGAUUACUUUCCGACCCUACAAUUAUUAUUCAACGAAAGUUAACCCAAACCAGCCCGCAUUUUUGUUUCGUUACUGUAUUGUUGUAAUGUAAAUAGCUUGGAGCGAAUCGUAAUGCUCCUCCCUUUAUUGUCACAUUCUCACGUGCCUACCGUGGUCCUGGAAAUGGCUGCUCCCACUCCCGGUCCACUUGUUUGGUUGCUCGAAUAAGCUCAAUCAAAAUAGUUUGUGGUUUGUCCAGCAGUUGAGGAGAUUUUAGGAAGUUAAAAUCAAGUCUUGGCUUAAGGCAACUGUUGUUAACCCGGAUAUAUAUACAAAAGUGCACUCGUACGCACAGAAACAUGUUUAAAUAUAUUUUAGAUUAGCCUGCAAGCGUAUAUUUAUACACACUGAUGUUGUUUUCGGCCGCUUAGUGCUUCCUGCUGUAUGAUAAUAAGCAAAGCCAAGUACACAUAUAUCGUAGUCUAGUUAUAUAUACAUACGUACAUAUUUACACCUGUAAACCAUAUUUAAUGAUCCCACACAGAUUAAGUACCUUUUUAUACAAAUCUAAUGAACCUUUCAUGCAUUUUAUUGAACAACCCAAAUCACAUUUUUAACGAUACACACGUAAAUUGAUUAAGAUUUUUUAUUGGAAUAAUAAAAAUAAUUCGCAGAA